AUGACAAACCGUUAUCAAGAUGUUUCAGAUUACCAUCUACAUGUAAAAGACAGAAAUCCUCAAAUAGAGGAAAUUGAUAAUACUCGUGAUAUGAAUUCUUUACACUUCCAGCCAAAUAAUCAAACCUCUCAACAAAUUAUUUAUCAUACGAAUUCUCAACACGUCCAGCCUUCGCAAUCCAAUAUCAAUAAUCAAGCCUCUCGACAAAUUGUUCGCCAAACCAACUUACAUAAUGAUUUCCUACAGCAGAUUAUUUCCCAAAAUCACAUACUGAUUACGAUGAUUCAAAACAUAUCUAAUAUACCUUCUGUCUUUACCAAUAUUCAAAAUACACCUCAGCUUUCGGUUCCCCAGAACAAUGAUACUAUUAUUACCAAUUCUCCAAAUAUACGUCAGUCUUCGGUUUCCCAGAACAAUGAUAAUAUUUUUACCAACACACCUCAGCCUUCAGUUCCCCAAAACAAUGUUAAUACUAUCUCUCCUCAAAAUUCAUCGAGCAAACAUCAAAUCAAUAUUUGUGAUUCUUGCAUGAAUAGCAAUUUUUCUAAUAUAGUCACAGAACCAUCGAGCAAACAUCAAAUCAAUAUUUGUGAUUCUUGCAUGAAGAGCAAUUUUUCUAGUCAAACCACAAGUGUAUCCGUUUCUCAUAUUAACAAUAAUCAGAUAAUUUCCAAUCAAGUUAAUAAUACUCCCGAUCCGCAAAACACAACUCCGACUCAACAGAUUUCAAAUUGCACUACCGUAAAUAUCAACUCCUUCUCGUGGAAACUUGGAUAUGUUAUUAUCAUAUUUGGCCUUGUCUUUUUAGUAGGAAUUAUUUUUUACGUUAUCAAGCAAUUAUCGGUCGUAUCUUUAUACGAAGAAAUCGGAAGUUUGUUCUUUACUAUAAAGAUAGAUUUAGGCCAGUUUGUAAAAAUCUUGGGACCUACUAUAAUUGGUGGCAUCGUGAAUUGGAUCAUGAAACAAAGAAAUGGUAUAAAAAAUUAA